AAAACUCCCACCCGGCGCUCACAUCGCUAGCGCACGUACAGCCAAAACCGCGACCAGCUUGCCGAGGCCUUUGAGCAGUUCGGCGCUACUUGUCAUCUCGCGCCGCCUACCAGCUCCAUGCUGGCUCACUUUCCAUAGAAAGAGGAGGUCGCAGCAGAAUAGGCGUCAGAACGUGGGCCCGAGCGAUGGCCCGAGCGAUGGCCCGGCGCGCGCCUUCGGGAAGCGCGCUGCUCAUAGCAGUGGUGUGCUCAGCUCUCUUUUGGUUCUUGGGCUCCAUCGGUUUAAACGCGUCGUCAGCGACGGGUUUGGAGGUCGCCCUCCUCCCGCCACCCGUGACGCGCUAUAGCCCCACAGCGAACCGAUCGGGCGACCGGAUCGGACAAUUCACCCAUCUAGCUCACGACAGCAAGCAACGUCGCCAUGCGCACAGCCAUGCGGCAGGCGACAGGCGCGCUGACAAGCCGUGCCGCUGCUGCGCAAACCGGAGUGCGCAAUCACCCCAAGCGCUCCGCACGCUCCACGCCAGCGGCGCCUUGGCCCCCCAACCUGUCGUCACGCCCGCAUCUCCCACAGCCGCCCUCGCACUCAUCUCUGCGCUCGCUUCUACGGGCGCCACUGGCCGCGCCUCCGCCGCGGCCGCUAGCCGCGCCUCCGCUGCCACCGCCGCCGCAGCUUCCCCGCCAUCAGCCAGCAGUAGGCAGUCACUACAAUCGCGGUUGGCGGGUUGGGGCACGUCGGCAUUGGUGCUGUUCCUCACAGCCACCGGGUGUGGACCGGGCAGCACGUCACGGUCAGGCACCGCACUGCCGCCGCGGCUGCGGCUAGCAAGCGUCAGCAGCGGCGUUGGCGGCGCCUGCUCUCCCACCGCAGCCGCCGCCGCCGCCUCGGUGGCUGCUGCCCUGGUGCUGACAGGGGACUUCAGGCCCGCGGCGGCAGCGGCAGCGGCAAGCGCCACACGGCGGCCGGCAAGCCGGCCAGCGGCGGCGCGCGCCGCCGCCGCUGCCCAAGGAACCUCCAGCGAGGACGACGGGGAGGAGGGCGGCAGCCCGCUGAGCGCCUAUCUUUCCAAGCUGACUAUAGUGGAGAAGGUUUACCUAGCAGCCAUGCUGAGGAGCAUGUAUCCGUCCGAAGUAGAGGGGGAGGCUGGCGGCGACGCGCUCGGCGGCGACGCAGCUGACAGUGCCGCCUGCAGCGCUUUUUUCAGCGACAGCAGCGACAGUAGGGACAGCAGCGGAAGUAGCGGCAACAGCGGAAGUAGCAGCAGUAGCAAAAGCGGCAAGUCAGCCACCACGGCCAAGUCUGCCGCAUCUGGGUCAGCAACUAAGGCGCCAGCAGCGCCAGCGGCGCCGCCAUCCCCGGCGGCGCCGGCGGCGCCGGCGGCGGCAUACCACCACCGCGAUGACGAUUGGGGCGAUGAGUACGUAGUGCGUGAUGAGGACGUGGAGGACGAUCCGUACGGCGACUGGGGCGGCGGCUGCUCCUGCGGCGCCGGCGGCGAUAGCGGCGGCGGCGACCACCAUGCAUAUGGUGAUGACCACGGGUACGACAGCAGUCACAGCACUGGCGGCCAACACUACGAGCACAGCAGCAGCCGACAAUGGGACGACGACGACGAGGAGGAGGACGAGGAGGAGGAGGAGGCGGCCUGGGGUAAGGAGGAGGACAAGGAGGACGGGAAGAGCUGGCGGGAGACCUGGCGGGAGCGCGACCGGCGGCUAGCGGAGGAGCAUGCCGCGGCCGCCGCCGCUAGGGCCGCCGCCGCUAGGGCGGCUGCGGGCGCGGGCGCUGGAAGGACGCAGCAGCGGCGGACGGCAGCCGGCGGCGACGGCUCCGCUCACGGCCGCAGCGGCUCUAGCGGCAGCGGCGGUGGGGCUCGGUACAGCUACUCGGCCUGGGAGGCCGAGGACGACUUCGUGUAUCCGGAGGACCGGGUUCCGGAUGAGCCCAUGUGGAUUCAGGAGUGGAUCCUGAAUUGCGUCGGCUGGGCCUUUGAGCUGUUCUGCUGGUGGCUGCUGGUGCGGGCUGGCAUGUCCGUGCUGAGGUGGCUGCGCGCGUUCUGGUCGGCGCAGCCGCGGCGCGCGCAGACGCAGGCGCAGACGCAGGUGCGGGUGCUGCAGGACGCCGCGCGGCGCGAGGCUGAGCAGGCCAGGGAGCGCGACCGGCCGAAAGGCGGCAGCAACAAGCAGAAGCGGCAGCAGCAAGGGCAGCAGAAGCCAAAGCAAACAGCACAGCAGCAGCAGGCGGCGCCGAAGCAGGCGCCGCAGGCGCAGGCAGCGGGCACGCAGCUAAAGGGCCGCGAGGGUCAGGCACCUGAGCACCAGCAGCCGCAGCAGCAGCAGCCGGAGCCGAAGGAGCGGUCCUGGUGGAGUUGGUUUGGCAGGACACCCACGUCGGCUGCUGCAGCGGCGGCGGCCCAAGACGCCUCUGGCACAGGCUGCCCCAGCACAAUCACGCCAGCAAGCAAGGAGGUCAAGGAGCCGGCGAAGCAGCCGCAACAACAGCCGGCGCAGCAAGGGAAGGCGCAGCAGCCGCAUCACGCGAAGCAGCACAAGGCCGCGGCGAAGGGUGCUGCCUCUACCAGCGGCCGGCGGGACGUUGCCGCGGCGGCGGCCGUCACAGGCAGUGGUGGCGGCGCCGGCUCCAUUGCGACUGCCGUUGCCACAGCGACGGUAGCCCUGGCCACAACUGGCAAUGCCGCAGGCAAAACCCCCGUUCCUGCCCCACACGACGCCACCGACUCUGUCCCUGCUGACAAACCUGCAAGCGCCGAAAUUACCGCAUCGGUUGCGGCCUCGCCUCCGACACCGCCGCCGCUGUUGCAGCCGCCGCCGCCGCCGCCUCCCGGCAGCCCCGGCCCGGUGGCGGUCCUCGCCGCCGGCUCUGCCAGCCAGUGUGGCACCGACGUCGGCUCAGCCCUCAGUCGCGCCAACAGCCACUCCAGCAGCAGCAGCGGCCCUGCCCUGUACGCCGUCGACAGCGGCGGCAGCGGCGUGGCGGCGGCAGUCGCAGCCGCUGCCGCUACCUCUGCUCCAGCUGCUACUCCCGCGGCGUCGGGCCUUGCGAGCGACAGACGCAGCGGCGGUGGCGAGGGCAGCAGCAGCGGCCCCACACCCGAGGGCCAGGCAUCGGGCAGCAGCAACAAUCGCGGCGCGCAGCCGCAGCCGCAGUCUCAGGGGCCCCACGUAACCAGUUUGCGUGACUCGCUGGCUUCCUCCCGCUCACCGUCCAAGGCCGCGGCUGACUCAGGCUCAAACGCGGAGGGCGCGACUGGCAGCCCUGUCGAUGCCGGGUGUUGGGGGAACCGUGCCGUCGCCACUGCGGCCGGCGCCGCGGUCGCGGAGGCGCUGGCGUGGGGUGGCGGCAGCCGCAACCAGAACAGCGGCAGCAAGAGGACGGGCCCGCAGCUGCAACAACAGCAGCAGCAGCAGCAGCAGCAGCAGCAGCAGUCGUUUUCUAGGCCCCAGGGCGGCAGGCAGCAGCCGCAGCGCGGGAGGGCGCCGGGCGGCAGGCACGCUGCCGCUGGCGCCGUGCUGGGUCCCCGAGCACCGGCCGCGGCGCCCCCGCCUCCACCGCCACCGCGCGCCCAGCCACCGGAGCAGCAGCCGCACUUGCAGCAGGCGUCGUCAACAGCUGCCGUCGCCCCGCUGGCGGCUCCCCACAGCGCGACCGCAUCCGCCGCCGCGGCCGCGCCGGCACCUGCACCUGCACCGGCACCGGCACCGGCACCGGCACCGGCACCGGCACCGGCACCGGCACCGGCACCGGUGGCACCGGUGGCGGCGACGGUGGUGGUGAUGCCCAAGGUGGUGGUGGUGCAGGCGGCGCCUCAGCCGCUGGCGAGGCAGCCGGCCGCGGCACCGGCGCCGUACAGGCCCCUGUCCAUGCAGGCCGCACGGGCGCAGCAGCCGGCACCGGCAGAGCCGCCAGCUGCUGCUGCUGCCGCUGCCGCUGCGGCUGCGGCUGCUGGGGGCAUCUCCGGCGCCAGCGCCACUGCGCCUGCCGGCGCCGCUGCGGGGGCGGAGGUGACUGCCGGUGUGGCCCGCUCCUCCGCCUCCUUCACCAUGCCGGUGCCCAUCCCCGUCCCCAUCCCCAUCCCCAUCCCGAUGCCCAUUCCGGAGCCCGCGCUGCAGCCCGCGCCGCAGACCGCGCCGGAGACCGCGCAGCACGCGGCCGCGCCCCAGCCUUCGCCCCGGCCGCUGCUCCAGCCCAAGCCGGUGGCGCCGCGCCCGCGGCCGCCGCACCGCCUGCCGCAGGAGGCGGCCGAGGAGGCGGACACGUGCUUCGUGUGCAUGGCGGCGCCGCCCACCCUGGGCUUCCGGCACCGCGGCAACGUGGUGCACGUGGGCGUGUGCGGCGGCUGCAUGGACGGCCUGCGCGGCCGGGGCUGGGCGCGCACGUGCCCGCUGUGCAUGGGGCCGGUGCUCAUGCUGCAGCCGCUGGACCAGCAGGACGAGCAGGACGGCGCCUAGUGGCGGGGGCGGGGCGGCAGCAGGGGCAGCGGAGGCGGUAGGGGCAGCAGGGGCAGGGGCAGGGGCAGCGGCAGCGGCGGCGGCCGUCAUGAGGAGGGGCUGUUUGGGAGGAGUUGGUGGGAGGAGUCGGUGGGCAGGGCGUGGCGUGGCGUGGAAGCGGGUGCAGGGGCGAUGGAGAGGCCGGCUGUUGCGGCGGUUGGGGCUGUUGGCGCGGGCCAGCUGCAAGGGCGUGCGGGCAUGGAGUGCAAGCCACAUUGCCAACUGAGGGGUGCAUGUGCAGCAUUGUGUGUAUCCUAACAUAGGACACGUGUGUGUGCGAUGUGUGUGCAUAUGCGGGCUUUGGCGUGCGCGCAUGAACAUGCGAGCCGCAGGGGCAGGCGUCGAAAGGUCCGGCCAAUGCGGGGAGGGUGGGGGGGGUUACAUGCAUUAAGUUUACGGAGUGAAGUCGUAGCGAGUCGUAGGGGGGGGGGGAGGUAUACGGCGCGCUGCCGGCAUCCCGGCACACGAUACGGUAUGCGAUAUAUGACAUCAGCGGCAUACAGGUUUAGAUAUUUGCUAUUAUCAAGGCGCGCGGAGCACUUCACGUGCACUGGAUAUAAUGCGGCGGGACAGCUGGGAUUGGGUAGGUUUAAUCUGGGGCAACACUGCUGUUACGUACGAUGGGUGCGUAUUGAGGCAUAGGUGAUUCCGUGCAAGUGUUUUGGCAGGUUCAGCAUCCUGUAAGGUACUGGCAUGUGUGGUAUCUGCUGGCUGCGAGAGGGGUGGCCGCGUCAGCUGUAGCACGGCACGGUAGUGCACACAGCCCAUGCCUCGAGAUGCAUCGCACAGGCGCGAGAGUCCGCAACCGGCAGGGGCCUGAGCCGACCUUAAGACCCAGAGGCAAGGAGAACAUCCAUCGUGACAAAUG